AACGCGCCAAAACAAGAAAACGCGAACGGUGUCAUGGAUCGCAUUGACAGAGGAGUAUAGCCCAGAGACUAGCCUUUUAAAAACGACUGCAGUUUAUCAACAAAUGUGACUGAAGACGUUUAAACGGAGGAAUCUAGGAGCCAGCUGACUACUUUCAUUGUUUGGUGCCGGAGACCCAACGACAGAAGAUGGUUCUGCAGAACAGCGGACGGUACAGAGCAGACAGGGGCCAAAGUGGAGCCGACCAAGGAAACCAGGAGGAUGGGUCCUCCAUGUCGGCGCUCAAGCGGCUGGAGCGCAGCCAGUUCGCCGACGACAUGGACGCCCGCUUCGGCUUUGACCGGAUGAAGGAGCCCGGGGAGAAAACGGGCUGGCUGAUCAACAUGCACCCUACGGAGAUCCUGGAUGAAGACAAAAGGAUGAUCAGCGCCGUGGACUAUUAUUUCAUCCAGGAGGACGGGAGCCGAUUCAAGGUGGCUCUUCCCUUCAAGCCCUACUUUUACGUAGCCACUAAAAAGAACUGCGAGCGAGAGGUGAUCUCGUAUUUAUCCAAGAAGUUCCAAGGAAAGGUGGCGAAACUUGAGAUCCUCCCGAAGGAGGACCUGGACCUGCCGAACCACCUGGUGGGACUGAAGAGGAGCUACAUCAAGCUGUCCUUCACCACCGUGGACGACCUGGUCAAAGUGAAGCGGGAGAUUUCUCCGGCCGUGCGCAAGAACAGGGAGAGGGAGCAGUCCAACGACGCCUACACGUCCAUGUUGUCAAGUGCUCUGGCAGGUGGCAGCGUGACGUCAGCCGACGAGGACGGCAUGCUGAAGAGCGUCUCCGACCAGCUGGACAACAUAGUGGACAUGAGGGAGUACGACGUGCCCUAUCACGUCCGCGUGUCCAUCGACCUCAAGAUCCACGUGGCUCACUGGUACAACGUGCGGUACAGAGGCAGCUCCUUCCCGCCGGAGAUCGUGCGGAGAGACGAUCUGGUGGAGCGUCCGGACCCCGUCGUCUUGGCUUUUGACAUCGAAACCACAAAGCUGCCGCUGAAGUUCCCGGACGCGGAGACGGACCAGAUCAUGAUGAUCUCCUACAUGAUCGACGGACAGGGCUUUCUGAUCACGAACAGGGAGAUCGUCUCUGAGAGCAUCGAGGAUUUCGAGUUCACCCCCAAACCAGAGUACGAGGGGCCUUUUACGGUUUUUAACGAGGAUGACGAGGCCGCUCUGCUCCAGAGGUGGUUUGAUCACGUUCAAGAAACCAAGCCCAACAUCUUCGUAACCUACAACGGAGACUUCUUUGACUGGCCUUUCGUCGAGGCCCGUGCAGCAGUCCACGGGCUGAGCAUGCACAAGGAAAUAGGUUUCCAGAAAGACAACCAGGGAGAGUAUAAGUCCAGCCAGGCCAUCCACAUGGACUGCCUCAGGUGGGUGAAACGGGACAGCUACCUGCCUGUGGGGAGUCACAACCUGAAGGCGGCAGCCAAGGCUAAACUGGGCUACGACCCCGUGGAGCUGGACCCAGAGGAGAUGUGCCGUAUGGCAACUGAGGAACCACAGACCUUAGCAACGUACUCUGUGUCGGACGCCGUGGCCACGUAUUACCUCUACAUGAAGUACGUUCACCCCUUCAUCUUCGCCCUGUGCACCAUCAUCCCCAUGGAGCCCGACGAGGUGCUGCGUAAAGGUUCGGGCACGCUGUGCGAAGCCUUGCUCAUGGUGCAGGCCUUCCACGCCAACAUCGUGUUCCCCAACAAGCAGGAGCAGGUCUUCAACAAGCUGACGGACAACGGCCACGUCCUGGACUCUGAGACUUACGUGGGCGGACACGUGGAGGCGCUGGAGUCCGGAGUUUUCCGCAGCGACAUCCCCUGUCGUUUUAAAAUGAACCCCGCCGCGUUCGACUUCCUGCUUCAGCGAGUCGAGAGGACGAUGCGCCACGCCGUGGAGGAGGAAGAGAAUAUUCCCCUGGAGCAGGUCACCAACUUUAAUGAGGUGUGCGAUGAAAUCAAAAGGAAGCUGACUUCCUUGAAGGACGUUCCAAACAGGAUCGAAUGCCCCCUCAUCUACCAUCUGGACGUCGGGGCGAUGUACCCCAACAUCAUUCUCACAAACCGGCUGCAGCCAUCAGCUAUGGUUGAUGAGGCCACCUGCGCCGCCUGUGAUUUUAACAAACCCGGCGCCACCUGCCAGAGGAGGAUGGCCUGGCAGUGGAGAGGAGAAAUCAUGCCCGCAAGCCGCAGCGAGUUCCACCGCAUCCAGCAGCAGCUCGAGUCGGAGAAGUUCCCGCCUCUGUUCCCCAACGGUCCUCCUCGGGCCUUCCACAACCUCAACAGGGAGGAGCAGGCCAAGCACGAGAAGAAACGGCUGGCAGAUUAUUGUAAGAAGGCGUACAAGAAGACCCACGUGACGCGGCUGGAGGAGCGAGUUACCACCAUCUGCCAGCGGGAAAACUCCUUCUACGUCGACACGGUCCGAGCUUUCAGGGAUCGGCGUUAUGAAUUCAAAGGACUUCACAAAGUGUGGAAGAAGAAGCUGUCAGCAGCUCAGGAAAACGGAGACGCGGCUGAGGUGAAGCGUUGUAAAAACAUGGAGAUCCUGUACGAGUCUCUUCAGCUGGCACAUAAAUGCAUCCUUAACUCUUUCUACGGCUACGUCAUGAGAAAAGGAGCGCGCUGGUACUCCAUGGAGAUGGCUGGCAUCGUGUGCUUCACUGGAGCCAACAUCAUAACCCAGGCCAGAGAGCUCAUCGAGCAAAUAGGGAGGCCCCUGGAGUUGGACACUGACGGGAUCUGGUGUGUCCUCCCCAACACCUUCCCCGAGAACUUUGUGGUAAAAACCAGCAACGAGAAAAAGCCCAAAGUCACAAUCUCUUACCCGGGGGCCAUGCUCAACAUCCUGGUGAAGGAGGGAUUCACCAACGACCAGUACCACGAGCUGGUCGACCCGGCGUCGCUAACCUACAACGUGCGCGCAGAGAACAGCAUCUUCUUCGAGGUGGACGGACCGUACCUGGCGAUGAUCCUGCCCGCCUCCAAGGAGGAAGGGAAGAAGCUGAAGAAGAGGUACGCUGUGUUUAAUGAGGACUCCUCCUUGGCUGAGCUCAAAGGAUUUGAAGUGAAGAGGAGAGGAGAGCUCCAGCUCAUUAAGAUUUUUCAGUCCUCCGUGUUUGAGGCUUUCCUCAAAGGCACCACCCUGGAGGAGGUCUACGCAUCAGUGGCCAAGGUGGCCGACUACUGGCUGGACGUGCUCUACAGCAAGGCCGCCAACAUGCCAGACGCGGAGCUGUUCGAGCUCAUCUCGGAGAACCGCUCCAUGUCCCGGAAGCUGGAGGACUACGGCGAGCAGAAGUCCACGUCCAUCAGCACGGCCAAGAGGCUGGCGGAGUUCCUGGGAGACCAGAUGGUGAAGGACGCCGGGCUGAGCUGUCGCUACGUCAUCUCCAGGAAACCCGAGGGCUCCCCCGUCACAGAGAGGGCCAUCCCUCUGGCCAUCUUCCAGGCAGAGCCCAGCGUGAAGAAACAUUUCCUUCGGAAGUGGUUGAAGAUGCCCAGCCUGCACGACCUGGACAUCCGCUCCAUCCUCGAUUGGAGCUAUUACAUCGAGAGGUUGGGCAGCGCGAUCCAGAAAAUCAUCACCAUCCCUGCAGCUCUGCAGCAGGUGAAGAAUCCGGUUCCCAGGGUGAGGCAUCCCGACUGGCUUCACAAGAAGCUCCUGGAGAAAAACGACAUCUACAAGCAAAAGAAAAUCAGCGAACUGUUCACCAGCGAGGGCAAGCGACAGAUUGCCCAUCAAUCCCUGGAGGCUGGCCAAUCUGCAGACAUGGAGGACUUUGGGAUGCCGCCCAGACCCCUGCAGCCAGCUAUCCUCAUCAGCACCAAGAGGAAGCGAGGCUCUCAGGGAGAGGACAGCCAGGUGGAGUCCCAGGAUGUGGAGCUCACGCAGUCCUGGAGGGAGAUCCUGGGGCCGCCGCCGCCGAUGGGAAAGACGCGGGAGGAGCGCCUCGUGUGGCUGCGCUAUCACAAGAAAAAGUGGGAGCUGCAGCUGAGGCAGAGGAAGGAGAAGAAGAAGAGGCGGAAGCUGCUGGAUGGGGAGCCGCAGCCUGUCGGGGGAGGAGUCAUCAGGGGGGGGCCCACCACCGGCCUGGGGAGCUUCCUGCGCCGAACGGCACGCAGCAUCCUGGACAUGCCGUGGCAGAUUGUCCAGGUUGCAGAGACCAACCACCCGGGCCUGUUUAAGCUGUGGGCUGUGAUCGGAAACGACCUUCACUGCAUGAAGCUCAACGUGCCGCGCGUCUUCUACGUCAACCAGCGGGUACCGAAACAGGACGAAGCAGGAGCCGCUUACAGGAAGGUGAACCGCAUGCUGCCUCGCUCCAACAUUGUGUACUACCUGUAUGAGUACUCUGUGCCGGAGGACAUGUAUCAGAAACACAUCAACGAGAUCAACGCCGACCUCUCUGCGCCGGACAUCGAAGGGGUCUACGAAACCCAGGUGCCGCUGCUGUUCCGGGCGCUGGUGCAGCUCGGAUGCGUCUGCAUGAUAAACAAACACGCCGCCAGGGAUCUGGCCGGCAGGGAGUCGGACUCCUACGACCUGGCGCAUCUGGAGAUGAGGUCUCUGGCCCAGUUCAGCUACCUGGAGCCCGGGAGUGUUCGCCACAUGUACCUGUACCAUCACAGCCAGGGCCAGAAGGCUCUGUUCGGCCUGUUUAUCCCCUCUCAGCGUAAAGCGAGCAUCUUCGUCCUGGACACGGUCAGAAGCAACCAGAUGCCCAACCUGAGCAAUCUCUACACGGCCGAGCGCAUCGCCCUCCUGGAGAAGACGUCGGAGGAGCUUCUGCCUCCAGAGAAACACACCUUCGAGGUCCGCGCUGAAAACGACAUCAAGGCGAUCUCCCGGGCUCUGCAGCGCAUCCUGCUCAACUACAAGGAGGAGCGACGGGGGCCCACCCUCAUCGCUGUGCAGUCCAACUGGGAGCUGCGGCGGCUGGCCGCGGGGAUGCCUGUGCUCGAGGAGUUCCCGGUCGUGCCGGUGCACGUGGUGGACGAGAUCAGCUACAACGUGCUGGACUGGCAGCGCCUCGGCGCCCGGCGCAUGGUGCGCCAUUACCUCAACCUGGACAGCUGCCUGUCGCAGGCUUUUGACAUGGCCAGAUAUUACCACCUUCCUGUGGGGAACCUGCCUCAGGAUGUUUCCAUCUUCGGCUCAGACCUGUUCCUAGCGCGACACCUGCGGAAACACAACCACCUGCUGUGGCUUUCUCCCACAGUGAGGCCGGACCUCGGAGGAAAAGAGGCCGACGACAGUCGUCUGGUCAUGGAGAACGACGAGCGGGGCUCCGUGGAGAUAAACUCUCAGGGAUGUUACUCCACAGCCUGCGUGGAGCUGGACCUGCAGAGCCUGGCGGUGAACACCAUCCUGCAGUCGCAGCAUGUCAACGACAUGGAGGGCGGAGCCAGUCUGGGCAUCAGCUUCGACGUGAUCCAGCAGGCCUCGUUGGAGGACAUGAUGUCAGGAAACCAGGGCGCCUGCGCUCUCGCUAGCUACGACGAGACGGCGCUGUGCUCCAACACCUUCAGAAUCUUAAAGAGCAUGGUGGUUGGAUGGGUGAGGGAGAUCACGCAGUACCACAACGUGUAUGCAGACAACCAGGUGAUGCAUUUCUACCGCUGGCUGCGCUCUCCGACCUCUCUGCUCUAUGACCCGGCGCUGCAUCGCACCCUGCACAACAUGAUGAAGAAGGUGUUUCUGCAGCUGGUUGCAGAGUUCAAACGUCUGGGGUCCACUGUGGUGUAUGGCAACUUUAACAGGAUCGUCUUGUGCACAAAAAAGCGAAGGAUAGACGACGCUAUUGCCUAUGUGGAUUAUAUCACCAACAGCAUACACUCGAAAGAAAUCUUCCACUCUCUGUCCAUCUCCUUCUCUCGAUGCUGGGAGUUCCUGCUGUGGAUGGACCCAGCUAACUAUGGCGGUGUGAAGGGCAAACUGCCUUCCAGCAUCUUGUACGGAGAGGAAGGAGCCAAACAGAAGAAACGCAAACAAGGAGAGGAAGAUGAAGAGGGCAGUGAGGAUGAGGAUGAAGCUGAUGUGGAGGAAGAUGAUGGCGAUGCGGAGACCGAUGAGGUCGAGGAGCUGAUUGAGAGCAGCUGGAACAUCAUGCAUUAUCUCCCCCAAACAGCCUCGUGUCAGAAAUACUUCCUCAUGAUUGUGUCGGCCUACAUAGCUGCAGUUUACCACAGCAUGAAAGAGGAGCUGAGGCGUAACGCUCCGGGAGCAACGCCGGUCAAGAGGCGCGGAGGCAGCCAGGCUUCCCAGCAGGCGGUCGGGGACUUGAGUGCUCUUCCUGGCAUGAUCUCCUUCUCCCAGGAGUAUGUGGCUAGCGAGCUGACGCAGAACAUUUUCAACAUUACCCAGAAGAUCCAGAAAAAGGUGACGGGGACCAGGAAUGUGACCCAGAUCUCCGAGAUGUUCCCCGUCCUGCCCGGCUCACACCUGCCGCUCAACAACCCGGCGCUGGAGUUUGUCAAAUACGUCUGUCAGGUCCUUUCUCUUGACGCCAACAUCGUGAAUCAGGUGAACAAGCUAAAGAGAGACCUCCUGCGUCUCGUGGAUGUCGGGGAGUUUUCUGAGGAAGCCCAGUUUCAGGAUCCCUGUAACUCUUACAUACUGCCAGAAGUCAUCUGUCACCACUGCAACUUCUGCCGGGACCUCGACCUCUGCAAGGACCCAUCUGUGGCACAGGACGGGUCGAUCUUGCCUCAGUGGUUCUGCUCAAACUGCCAGAUGCAGUAUGAGUCUGACUCCAUCGAGAUGGCUCUGGUGGAAGCUCUGCAGAAGAAAAUAAUGAGCUACACUCUGCAGGACCUGGUUUGCGCCAAAUGCAAAGGAGUGAAAGAAGCCAACAUGCCUCUUUACUGCGCCUGUGCUGGAGACUUUGACCUGACCUUUUCAGCCAAGAGCUUCUCCGAGCAGAUCGUGGUGUUUCGAAACAUAGCGUCCCACUACAACAUGCGGUUCCUGGAGGAGACCAUCGACUGGCUGCUUGUGAUGAGCCCUCAGAUCAGCCAGAGCCGCCACUGAAACGGGACCCAGAGAGGAGGCUCCUCCCUCACUGAGCGCUCAAACCCAACUCAGCGGAGCAGAGUAGCGAUCUAUUAAGGGCACCGAUUGCCCAGCAAGGAGGAGAAACUGGUGGACUGUAAAUAGGGUCAAAUUCUAGUCUAUUUUCCAUUUGGAUUUAUAUAUUUGUAUGAAUGUCAGAUUUUGAAACGUCAAAUAAAUAAUGCCUUCGUGUUUGAA